UAUAGCCUCUUUUUCGAGAGCUUCGAGUUUCGUUAAAACCGUUUGCUCGUUGCGUUGUCUUUCCAGAUGCUGAUGUGUCAAAAAUCGUAGGUUUCAAUUUUAUGAAUAACAUUCGGAUCUUUUUGCGCGUCUGCAAAAUAACAGCAUCAAAAUGAGAAAGCCAAGACCAAGAGAUAGACCAGUGAAAAACAGAUCAUCAUCUGACAGAGGAAGUGAUAAUUCACCCACACGUAUUCUAGGUGUUCAUAAUUUUUUUCUCAAAGUUGUCCUACCUAUAUCUGUGUUGACAAUUGCAGCCUGUUUGGGCUAUAAAGGCUACAAUGAAACUCGUGUCAAUACUCCAUUCAGUAAUAGUAAACUUGUAGAAGUAAGUCGCUUAGAUAAGAAUGACUAUUAUUGGGGGUCUUAUAGAUCAAAUAUGUACUUUGGUAUGAAAACAAGGGAACCAUAUUCAUUAGUAACUGGUCUCAUGUGGUACUUCUCUAGAACUCUUCAAGCAGAUGGUAGUGGUAUGAGACAUUGGUGCACUCAAAAUGAUAGAUUAGAGAAAUAUGGCUGGACCAAACACGAUGGAAAGAAUUUUGGAAUACAAGAAAUAAUUGAUAAUAAUGUUUUAAUUACUACGUCAUUUGUAAAAGAUAUUCAUGGAUCAAAUGGUGGUGACUGGACAGCUAAAAUUAAUGCAACAGCUAUUAAAUCAACAUCAAGAAAUAAAGAGAUAUCUUUACUGUUUUAUACUGCCAUUGAAGAUAAGACAAAUGGUAAUAUUAAUCCAAUUGUGGAUCAUUCAGCUGAAAUUCUGAAAGGUGUCGAAGGUCAAACUAAAGACUUAGGUUACUUUGAUUUAAACUUCAAUGUGAUAAGUAGUGGAGAAGUAGACCAAUCGUAUUUAGUCACAGCAGCUCCAAAUCUUGGCCUUCUUAAAGAAACAAUCUUUCACCACUUUAAAAUUUCUAAGAAAGCAAAUGUUGAAAAAAUUGUUCUUCCUGGUGAAGCAUUGAGACUCAAUAAUGGAAAAACAUUAGUGCCUAAUUUUAUAGUGACACAGGUCACAGCUGAAUUGCCUGUAGAACUAGAAAUUAGAUUUGAACGUAAUAGUAUUGCCAGUCAAAAGGAAAAAUUAACUGGAAAGUACUAUGAUACAGUAUUGAAAAAUUAUGAAAAUCAUUUUGAUACCAAAUUUGAAGAUACUUUCAAAUUAAAAACCAAAGGAUAUAACGAAUCAGAAGUAAAUUUUGCAAAAGCAGCUUUUUCCAACAUGAUUGGUUCAAUUGGAUACUUCUAUGGUUCUGCUCAAGUGAAAAGUGUUUAUACAGAUUUACCUGUUCCAUAUUGGAAAGCACCUCUUUUCAGUGCAGUACCCAGCAGGAGCUUUUUCCCAAGAGGCUUCUUAUGGGAUGAAGGAUUCCAUGGUCUUCUUCUUGCUAGUUGGGACUUAGAUUUAGAAAUGGAUAUAAUUAGUCACUGGUUUGAUUUAAUGAAUGUAGAGGGUUGGAUUCCAAGAGAAAUGAUCCUAGGUGAAGAAGCUCUUGCUAAAGUUCCACAAGAAUUUGUUACACAAGUCAACACCAAUGCCAAUCCUCCCACAUUUUUCUUAACUCUGCAGUAUAUUUUAAAUCACAAACGCAGUGAAUUGAUGACGAAACAUUUGCAUCUGUUGGAAAAAUUAUAUCCCAGAUUGCAAACCUGGUUCGAAUGGUUCAACUCCACUCAAAAGGGCGAGAUCUCGGGUACUUACAGAUGGCGAGGAAGAAACGGUGAAACGAAUCGAGAAUUGAAUCCCAAAACAUUGACUUCCGGCCUAGACGAUUAUCCACGGGCUUCUCAUCCGACGGUUCACGAGCGUCACGUCGAUCUACGUUGCUGGAUGACUCUGGCGUCGAGCGUGAUGGCGAACUUGGCCGAUAUCCUCGGCAAAACGACGCACAAGUACGAGAACACGUUCGACUAUCUCUCGGACAACAAGCAUUUGAAUGAGUUGCAUUGGUCUCCCACGAUGAGCGUCUACGCCGAUUACGGCCUGCACACCGACAAAGUACGACUCGAAAGACCCAAGCACGCCAGUAGACAAGCCCAGGUAUCGCAAGACAAAGUGAGGGUCGUUCUCGCGGAACCGGAAGAGAAGUUCGUCGACACUUCGUUCGGUUACGUAUCGCUGUUUCCCUUCCUAUUGAAAAUCGUCGACCCGGACUCGUAUCAACUGCAAAAGAUUCUGCAAGACAUCGAGAAGCCCGAGCUUCUGUGGACCAAUUACGGCUUGAGGUCUUUGGCAAGAUCUUCGCCGAUUUACAUGAAGCACAAUACCGAGCACGAUCCACCAUACUGGAGAGGAGCCAUCUGGAUGAACUUGAACUAUCUGACGGUCGCAGCGUUACAACAUUAUUCCAAAGUCGAAGGUCCUUACCAGGUCGAAGCCGGACGGAUUUAUACUAAACUCAGAAAUAAUCUCAUUAAGAACGUCUUUCAUCAGCAGAAGAAGACCAAUUACUUGUGGGAGAAUUAUGGCGAUAAACUCGGCGAAGGAAAGGGCAGCCAUCCUUUUACGGGAUGGACCUCGUUGGUUGUUUUGCUCAUGUCAGAACAGUACUAGAAAAAUAGCUGUAGGCUUGUUAAAGUUUGCAUCUAACAUAAUGAAGAAUCUUGCAUUUUCUAUGAAUAUAGAGUUUUUUAAACUCGGUAAACUUGCAUGUACGCACUUGACAGUUAAUGAAAUCAUAGUUAUUCUGGUCCUUUAGAGAUCAAUUUUACGGAAAAUUCUCCUCAAAUGUUGAAUGAACUCAAAUGAAUGACCUUCAUGGUCAUUUUAAUUAUCGAAGGAAAUGUAGCAUUAGUUCUUGAACUAUUCUUUAGAAUCCAGUAGUUUCUGAUUCUAUUUUUAUAGAAGUGAUUUUUUAGAAAGUAAAGUCUGUGUAGAUGGCUUGUAUAUUAUUAACUUUAAACUUCAUAGAAUUAUUAUAACUUAGCAUGGAAUUAGCAUAUACCCAUGUACUUUUUACUUUAAAUUUUUAUUACUCUCUAACUUCUUAACUAUUUUACGCUUUUGAUAGAAGUUUGACAGAACUUCAGUGAUAAAAGUUCAAGUUGCAUAAUAGACCUAAGGUUGUUAUAACUUGUCAUUUUUACUGUGCAUAUAUUAUAAAAUAUAACGUCCAAACUAUUAAUGAGUAUAACUCAUGCUCGCGUUAUAUAUAUUAUAGAUUUAAAAUUUAGUGCAAAAUAUUUACUGUUGAAGUAAUACAAAAAUUUUAUAUAAA